GAAAUAUAUAUGACAAUUGACAAAUAUUUGGAGCAUCGUCGCGAUAGAGUGUUUCUUCGUUUUUUAUUUAAAGCAUUAAUUCUAGCGUGCGAGAGUGUGUGCACGUACACGCGCGUACGUGUGUGUAAAACGUUCUUUUUAUUUAAAGAAAAUACAGAAAGUUAAAUUUUCCUCCUCAAGAGAAUAUGGAAGCAGAACCAUUAGAAGAUGGCGAAAUCGUCGAUGAGCCUAGCGAUGUCUUUGAAACUUAUAAAAUUUUGCAAAGACCUCACGUAAAGCAGACACCUGUCACAGACAUAUGUACAAAAAUGAGAUACAGCGACGAAUCUGAUCACUCUGCAGAUUCUGAAAGUGAUUCUGAUUCAGAUUCCAUACAGACUAAUAUUAAAAAACCUAAACUUAAAUUGAAAAAGAACAAACAUUUGUGGAAGGAUUUGACACCCAAAAAUGAUAAAUACAAAGUAUGGUGUACUCAAAUGCAGGAAGAAUCUUUGACUGAAGAUUUAACGUCAUGUGGUGUUACUAAGAAGCUGUAUCAAGAACGUAGUGUUGAAAGUUACAAUUUUACUCUACGAUAUGCAGAGAAUGCUAGAGAACCUUGCAAUAAUAAUAGUUCUGAUGAAGAAAAGGACAUCGAACGUAGAUUAACUAAUAAAAGAACAAAUUCAGAUAGACGUGACUUAAAAUUUAGAUUGGGAAAAAGGAGAAACUCCAUGGAUAAUCAAAAAGGUUCAGUUAGAAUAAUAGCAGAUUUAUCCACAACUGUGGAUUCAACAGAUGCCGACGUUGCUACUGAUAUAACUAAUAAGCUCAGCGAAAGAAAAGAGCUUCUCAUAAGACGAGUAGUGGAUAUAAUUGGUAAACAGAAAGCUAUUGAUUUUUUCCAAAAAACGAAGAAGAUAGAAGAAGAUGGUGGAAUGUUAAUAAUGAAUGGAUCUCGCAGAAGAACUGCUGGUGGAGUAUACUUUUGGUUGGUGAAAAAUGACAAACAUAUUCCUCAAGAAAAAAUAAGGGAGAUAUUUUAUUACGAUCAAAAAGAGAGUAGCGAACAAAGAAAGAAGACUGGCGACUUGGGACGACAGAAAAGGGAGCAGGAUUUAAUGAGAAGUUUCGAGGAUGGAUCUGAAAAGGAUUUACCAGCUCUAUUAACAAGAGCGGAACUCUCGACGAGACAAAUCGCAGAAGAAGCGAGAUUGCGACGUGGUGAAGGCAUGGACAGAAUGCCAGUAGAUUCUGAUCGCACGGUAUCAAAUCCACCACCCAGUCCUGUAACGGAUGAUCCAGAUCAGUGUUGUUAGACGGCUCCUGUUUUCGCGCAUGCGCAUUAAAUGUAGUAUCGUUGCCGUACUUAACUCGAGCAAAAUAGGGCGCUCUAUAGCCCCGGUAUUAUUUUUGAAAAAUAUUCAUAAAUUUCUAGAAAAUUAAUUAACAAAUGAAAUAAAAG